CACCUUUAUUUCCUCGUGAGCAUUCAAAGCACAUUCCGUCGACGUGUCAUGACGGACCCGGUCGCGAGUCGUCAUCUUCCGAAAUCUCCCGUCGCCGUCCGUCAAUUCGGACCCCAAGGGCCGGAGGAGGUCUGCCAAAAAAUCAGCGGUUAAUUUUUGGCAGGUCAUUGUCACCUCGGUCCACCGGCACAGUGGAAGUCGGAGGAAAGAGCCCGAAUGCCAACCCAGUGUUCGUGGAAAGUGUCAUCAAAUUUCCUCCUGCGAUCUCCCCGAAGUCGCUCGUAAAGCCCAGUGCAAGAGUAGUUGCAGUUGCAGUAGUUCCGCGAUUUUGAGAAUCCCCGACAUGGCGCACUCGAUGUGCACCGAGAAGAAGUACACGCACGAGUACGGGAGGCUGAGGAGACUCACCAGCACGAUCGACGGUCAAAUUCGACAAAUAAGUUCUGAGUACGGGCUGACGGAGGACCAGGUCGCGGAAUUCAAGGAGGCCUUCAUGUUGUUCGACAAGGACGAGGACGGGACGAUCACAAUGGCGGAGCUGGGCGUCGUCAUGCGAUCUCUCGGCCAGAGACCAACGGAGACGGAGCUGCGCGACAUGGUGAAGGAGGUGGACCAGGACGGGAACGGAACCAUCGAAUUUAACGAAUUUCUGCAGAUGAUGUCGAAGAAGAUGAAGGGGGCCGAUGGCGAGGACGAGCUGCGCGAGGCGUUCCGAGUCUUCGACAAGAACAACGACGGUCUGAUCUCCUCGAUGGAGCUGCGGCACGUGAUGACGAAUCUGGGGGAGAAGCUGUCCGAGGAGGAGGUCGACGACAUGAUCAAAGAGGCGGACCUAGACGGGGACGGAAUGGUCAACUACGAAGAAUUCGUGACAAUCCUGACGUCGAAGAAUUAGUCGGUGGCCGAGGAUAUCCGGAUAUUGGAAAAGACUACGGUGCACUUCGGUGAGUCCGCGAACCUCGUCGAAGCGAUCGAGCCGAGUCGGUGAAGUUCCUCUGGAGAGGCCAACGGAAGCGACCAAUGGGCGCGCCGGGACGCUCGGCCCAGCGGAAAGUGGGAGUCCCCGAGGAAGAGGGGCGAGGAAAGCUCCGAGGUAUAUUUUUGACUAGUACAAAAGGUCGCGAGGGUACUCCGGAAAGAACGGGGAAAAUUCGAGGGAGAGAGAGAUGGGGUUGAACGGGAAGGACAAGGGGAGAUAAGGAGGGAUAAGGAAGACAAGGAAUGACAAGGAACGACAAGGGGCGCUUUACUCGCGCGAGGACUAUUCGCAAGCUCGCCGGGCGGGACUGUACUUAUUUUUCGAAUUAAUUUGUAAGUUUAGUCGUCUAAGAACAAGGUUGCUCCUAAAACAAUCAACUGAGCUUCGGUUAGCGUAUGUAUCUACCUAUACUAUACUAUAUCUAUGCUAAACAUAUACAUGUACUACGUGCAUAUGCGCCUACACAUAUGUAUACAUAUUAAUAUCGUUGCGAUUACAUUGAUUCACUUUCGGGCAACGCCGAACCGUUGACGUGUUAAGUGUUUAGUGUGUAAACCAAACAAAAAAAGAAAAAAAGAGUCGGUGAAAUCGGGCAAAGCGGCCAUUGCGACGUUAACUUCCUCGCUCUUACGACUUUCUUUUUUUUUCUCUCGACAUUUCGCGGAUUCUUCUACGUUCCUUCCCAUCGCGCGGAUAUAAAUCAGAGGCCCCAUGGAAACCUCGGAAUUUUUCGCCGCGUCUUAACCUCAAAUUCGCGUUCUCCCCACCUCGCAAAAAAAAUUCACAUUUCGGCCUCCUGGCCAAAAAAACUCGCGAAUCCCUCAUGGCAGGACAGGCCCACCCCAUAGACCCCCAUAGUGGUCGCGCGAGAUUAACCGUAGCCGUGUAGCCGCGUAGCGGAGAUGAAGAUAACUAGAAAAACUGGAGGAGAGAAAAUUCGAAAAAAAAGCUAGUCCGCUCGCGGAGAGACUCGCGGUAAAAAGUAUGUGCAUUGUAUCACGCAUUACGCAGUGUCGCGUGAGCCCAUUAUCGGUAAACAGUUGCUUAGUGCAUCUAGAAUAAAUGUUGAAAGCACGAGGUGGCGACGCGACGAUCGCGCGUUUUCUAUGUCGGAAUCAAUGGCGGAGUGAUCGCCCGUUACCGCACCGCGUAAUUGUCGAUUCGAUUGUCCAUCUAUUUUCGUUGCCAAAUUUCCGUAGGAUUAUUCCUUACGGAAAUCUGGACUUUACAUAGCAGACAAUAAAAUCUUACGUUUCGCGCGCUCAACGCCCACCGGUCUGGCGCAAGAUGGCGUCAAAGAUGUUUUCGCGCAAUUGUUCUAUGUUAGUUCAGGGAACAAUUGUCCAGACCAGGGUGGAACGGCGGGUCUUUAGUUAGUCCUUUGUUGAAUCUUGCGUGCUGGAUGACUGAUGAUGCGAAAUGGCGGCGCGGUCGGCCAUUAAAGGGUUAACUUUGGUGCAGGAGAAUCCACCACGAGGAGUCGGAACGGACCGGGAAAUGGGGAUUCGUCGGACAAGGAUGCUCGAAAAUGUCUUUUGACUCGAUUUCGCAUCAUUGGGCAAUAAAUGGCCCCCGGGCCCGCCACCGUACAAGAAAGGCAAGACGCUUCGACAGGGAAAACAUAAGCACACGUUAAACAAACUCACCACAGUAAUGUAUAACGUCCCGAUGACAAUAUCUCAUAUUAACGGUUCAAACUAAAAACAAAUCUAUCCAAUGAAUUUUACCUCGAUGGCCUAGGUUCAACCAUUUGCGUCCAAGGGAAAUCGAUGGGGAGACACGUUCAUGGGAAAAAUCGAGUCGAGGAACUCGAAAGGACGCUCGGAAAAAUCGAGUUCACUCGGAAGUCGCUCCGACUCGAUUUUUGGCCCGUUGAAAUUCGAAAACGGAAGGCAGCCCUUCUAGCCUCCGGAAAAGGUCCUAAAACGGCUAAAAAUGGCGACCUGAUAUCGAAGAAGAGUCGAAACCUCGCCAGCAUCGGCCUCGAUCUGUCAUUGUUCCUAGAGAUAGGAAGCUUCGUUAUUUCUUUCACGAAAAAGGGGUGAAAAGUGUCGCCGGGGAAGUUUCGUAUCAAAAUUCGAAUCCCAGGGCCCCCAGGAAUUUUUCAUAAUUUUCCCCCAUCACCCUGCGUGGUUUCUGUCCCUUUCUUUCAAUCAAUUUUCACGGUGUUAUGUAUUAAGAAAUUAAUAUUCUCGUAGAUGUGUUCUCCCUUUUCCGGGGAUCUGGCCCCCUACCCUCGAACAGAGUCGACCAAAGUCUUCCGUUUCUUCCGAAAUUCCUUCGCAAAGAUCAAAUUCGAGUUGGCGGACAUUCGUCGACUUCGGAAAAGAGGAAUUCCAAAAUUCAAUUGCUUCGCGUGAAUCCUCCCCCGUUAUCGAUCUCCGUUUAUCACGGUUUUACCGAGGGAUGCUGUGCAAAGGAAACAAUCUAGUCGGUAAAACAAAUCGUUGAGGACCCUGCAGGACUCCCCAGGAAAAGAGAAAAAAUUCGAAAAUAUGAAUUUUCGAAUUCAUUCCCGAGGGAGUCGACUCGACUCCUGGAUUUCCCGGGGACCCUGAAGAGGGUCUCUCUGUACAAGAUGAAUCAAACAAUACGUAUACCUAUGUAUAUCGAUAUUCGCGAGGCGGCCUGGACAAUUUAUAGAUGGAGUAAUUAUAACCCUUACUGAAUGUAAGGGGGAGGGGGUCGAAAAAAAUUCCCCAAAAAUUCCUGUCGGUCUUCUCUUCGCCCCAAGGUUCAGCCAGAAUUAGGGGGAAACCAUGUAACGUUCGCAACCCCGGACCAGGCUCGAGAUGUUAUAAAAAGUUAAGGGAAGCGUGGUUCAAUAGAAAGGAACGAAAGAAAAAAAAAAUGGUAAUAAUUGUUAGACGUUAAUUGUCAGUCGACUUAAGGCUCUGUCGUGACUUCGGUGUUAAUUGGGGGGAGUUUAGGGGUAAUCGCGACUGGCAGUUUGAGACAUACGCGAAAGGGGUGAGUACAUUGCACCCCCGCAAGAAGCUCAGCCCUCUCGGCGGUCUUUUCACAAUUUAUUUCCCCUAGGUUCGAAACCUAAUUAUUUGCGAUUUUCCACGGAGGUUCCUACGUUCGUUGUCUGCGUAAGCGAUGAGAAACUAAUUGUUAACGCGAUUCGACGUUCGGGCAAAGUGGUUUUCGGACUGUCCAACUUUUCGCAUCGAGUGCGAGUCAAAGGCGAGAUCAAGGCGAAAUGCUUGCACAAAGUACAAAACCAAGCGAGAAAGUUUCCGCGGUCCGAAAAGUGCUUUUCGGAAAUAAAUGGCCGUCCAAGGAGCGGGAUGAUUGUUUAACAAAAUGCAUCCUCCCUCUCGACGGCCGUUUCUUUCGCGAGUCGUCGAACGAUUAGGGAUGAAAUAAUAACCGGAAGUCAUACGAUCUAAAUAAUCGCACGGUAAUACUAAUAAUAGAAAAAAAAAAAAAUAUAUAUGAAAUGUCUUUCAAUAUUUUAUCGAAGGGAACGUGAGAGUACAAGAAACGAGGUGCACUUUGCCGUGUUGCGUCGCGUACGAGAAUGACACUUAACGGCGGAAUAAUUUCCACAAUGAUUUCCAGUUAAAAGGAGCCAUACAAAAGGCAAGAAAAGGAAAGGAGAUAAUUCACUAAUAUAUUAAUUUAAUUAUACGUUGAAUUCAUUUCUGUCGCACAAUCGCAACAAUGGCAAAAUGUCAAUAAUGGCUCUAAACCCAGAGGGAAGUAGAGAGGGUGCAUCCUAAAAGACAAAGCGAGAUAUGCGUCGAGAUAUAUAUAUAUAUGAAGAAAAAGAAAUGUAUGUAUAUGAUAUGUAUAUGAAAUGUAUUCUAGAGUAUCGUUAACUGCGAGCAGGAAAACCGGAAGACUAAAGCGACGGUGCGAAUACGAGAUAUAUUUAUAUUUUUACUUGGGAAAGUUGUAAUAACAUUUCUAAGGACGGCUCCCCCCGUUCCCCCGAGCGAGCGAGACGAACGGGGUGUUAGUGGCGUUAUUUUUCUAGGGCGUGGAUUUAUUAUAAAUUAUAACUUAUAAAUUAUAAAUUCCGUUACACGACGAGACGUGCUCGCGCGAGACCCCGCGAAGCUGAUGCGCAUGUUCUUGGCGCGAGACGCGAUUGUUCGGAGGAAAAAGGAAAGAAAGAAAAAAAAGACGUGAGAUAUCUAGAAAAGUAACAAAAGGAAGAAAAGAGGAAAGAAAAAAGAAGGGAAAGGAAUAGCCCAAGAAGGGACGAUCGCGAGCGCACGCAUUCUUCCCACUCCCGAUUAAUCCGCUUAAUCGAUGUCACCCACCGAACCCAGGCGAUUAAUUAAUUAAUUAAUGAUUUCCCCUUGAUUGGCGAGAUCUUCGACUACUCCGCCCUCGGAGACCGCGAGGUUCCCUCAUCAUCCCCCGGGAGACACCGCGGGAUGGAAUCUUCGCGUUUCGUCGUAAAGAAAGGAGAAAGAAAAUAAAUAAAUAAAUAAAUAAAAAAUAAUCAUAAAUAAUAAUCGGACACUUUUCGGAUUUUCGGAGAAGGUCGGGAGGCGAGACGGAGAGACGGAGUGUGCGUGAGCCGGAGAGAGCGCGAAAGAAAGUGCCGUGUGCGUGAGGUUUACGUGUAUGUAAAUGGUGUUACGUGUAAAGCCGUACGUCUUUUAUGGUAAGCUUAAAGGAACGAUCGACUAAACGAGGGCGAUCAGGUGUAACGAUGGAAUGUAUUACAUGUACCGAGUUAUCUCUAAAUACAGCCAUUUUAUAAUGGAAA